AACACAAAUCUUAUCACAAAUCUACGGCUUGGUUCAAGAGAAGAGCCUGAGCUAUCAAUGAUAGUUUUGUGUAUUUUAUAUUUUAAAGAAGGUAUAGGCUAUCUAUUUCUAGUUGACAAUCUUACUGUAGUUUCUUCCAAUACACCAUCCAAGUUGGAUUGCAAUGACUGGGUUGCAUGAGCAUGCGUAUGACAACAAUGCAGACAAGUGCACUAGACAAAUGUCAAGGAGUCUUACGGUUUAGAACUAGAAGAACGUUGCCUUCUUCUGACGCACUUUUCAAUUAGUUUUUAAACACGGCUUGCAAGACAAAUCAAGUCAAGAUGACAUCUGCCACGCCCCCUUCCUCCCGAAGCUGCUCCCCUCAAAAGGUGUGUCACUCACAGACGCAGACAGACGUUCUAAAGCCCCUAUUGGGCGCCGGGGGCUCCGGCGGGGGCGGGACCUUGAGGAGGCGGAGACGUGUUCUGUCUAAGGAUGGGCGGAGUAACGUACGCAUCGAACACAUCAGCGGGCGGUCGGCCCUGUACAUGCGUGACCUCUGGACGACGUUCCUGGAUAUGCAGUGGCGGUGGAAGUUCUUUCUCUUCACCCUUACCUUCACGGGGACGUGGUUCCUGUUCGGGGUUCUGUGGUACCUGGUGGCAUUAGUGCAUGGAGAUCUGCUGGAGUUCAACCCACCAUCGAACCACACCCCGUGUGUGCUGCAGAUGCAGACGCUGACUGGGGCUUUCCUGUUCUCGCUGGAGUCCCAGACCACCAUUGGCUACGGCUUCCGUUGCAUCACAGAGGAAUGUCCAGCUGCUAUCAUUCUCCUGAUCCUGCAACUCGUCAUCACCAUGGUGCUGGAGAUCUUCAUCACCGGAACCUUCCUCGCCAAGGUGGCUCGGCCAAAGAAGCGAGGUGAGACGGUGAAGUUUAGCCAGCACGCCGUGGUGUCCAGUCACGAAGGCCGACCCUGCCUCAUGAUCCGAGUGGCCAACAUGCGGAAGAGCCUGCUGCUGGGGUGCCAGGUGACGGGGAAGCUGCUGCAGACAUCUCAUACUAAGGAGGGGGAGACGGUGCGUCUGGACCAGAGGAACGUUCCCUUCCAGGUGGAUACGUCCAGCGACAGCCCCUUCCUCAUCCUCCCCCUCACAUUUUACCACAUCAUAGACGACAACAGCCCGCUCAGGGCCUGGGCCGCCAAGGGCGGGGGAUGGACAGAUCCUGAGCUGGCGGACUUUGAGCUGCUGGUUAUCAUGAGUGCCACGGUAGAGCCCACCUCAGCCACCUGCCAGGUGCGUACCUCAUACCUGCCUGACGAGAUCCUGUGGGGGUACGAGUUCCCCCCUGUGGUCUCCCUCUCCCCCUCAGGGAAGUACGUGGCCGACUUUGCCUUCUUCGACAAAGUGGCCAAAACCAAGACCACACCCCUCUUCAAAACAUCCCGCCCACAGAGCUACCAUGGCAAUGGAGGAGGAGGAGGAGGGGGGGUGGAGGGGACUGACCCGGAGAAGAUCCGAUUGGAGCAGAGCUACAGGGAGAGAGGAGAGGAAGGGAGAGGGAGGGUCAGAGACAGUAGCCCUCUCAGUGUCCGCAUCAGCAAUGUCUGAGAGCCUACACACUGAGACGCAUACACCAGACCUGGGUUCAAAUACUAUUGGAAAUCAUUUGAAAUACUUUUGUCCGUGCUUGAUUGAGCUUUGCCUGGCUUAAUGGAUCCAAUAGAAUAGUCCGGAAACCGCAAACCCUGCCCAUCUGGCACUUCAGUAAGACUAAAGCAAACUCCAACUAUUUGAAAGAUGUAAAUAGUAUAUGAACCUAGGUCUAGCAUACACUGGAUUCUAAGCAGGGUCUGUUACAGUUUACUACAAAUAUUGAAAUGAUUAAUUCAUUGCUUGUUGUUUAUUUACAUGAAAUUGGUACGUAUAGAAAUAUUGUGGGGCAGUGUGUUAUGGAGAGGGGGAAGCCCCUGGAAAGGCUUUGAAUGCUUAGCGUGGAUCACAAAUGGCACCCUACUCCCUUUAUAUCCCCUACGGGCCCUGGUCAAAAGUAGUGCACUAUAUAGGGAAUAGGGUGCCAUUUGGGAUUCAGACUUUGUACUGAUGCUUCUCUGCCAACGUACUGGACAUCCGUCCAUAAAUACACUGUAAAAACAUACAAAUAUGUAACACUUUAGAAUGUCUUAUGAUUUUGUUAUUUGUUAUUGGUACGUGCCAAUGUACUGUAGAAUAUGCUAGCUUAAAGCACUUUGGUGAAAUGAUAACACUAAUGUAUCAAUACGAAAAAGAAUGUAGACCUGUUGUGGACUUUGACUGGAUGUGAAGAAGACGAGAGAAGAUGAUUUUAAGGUGCUGUGUAUAGUCGUCAGUAUGCCUUUUCUGCACAGAUAUAUCUGUUAUUGUUGCUACAGAGGACUGCAGUUAGCACUUUAUUAAGUACCUUUGCACCUUAGGAGCGUUUGUAGCACUUAAUAUUACUGGAAUGUAUAUAGAUUUGUGCUUGUAACCCAACUAAAAGCACUUUAACACUGGAUGAAAUGUUUGAAUGAUGCUUUCUAUUCAUAUUUUAUGAUUGGGAUUUGAAUGAUUUUCCUCUCUUCAGUCAGUUUGCCAUGUGUUGUUUCUGUGGCACAUUGAUAGAAAAUAAUAUUUUUGUAAAUAAUCACAAACAGCCAUUUAGAAGGUUCAACACUAACAGCAGGAUACGUUCUAGGCCUAUUCUAGACACCAGAUUGCCUUUACAUAGAGUCAAAAAACACUCCAUUCCCUAUAAGUGCACUACUUUUCACCUUUGAUUAAUAAGGCCCACAGGGCUCUGGUCAAAAGUAGUGCACUAUAUAUGGAAUAGGGUGCCAUUUGGGAUGCACACCCAGGGACUCACAUGAGUACAAGCUUCUAUUUCUUCCUCUGGUGGUAGGUAAUCAUGGCUUCAUGUGUAAAGUAGGCUUUGGGGAAAUUUGGGUGGGGUAACUUAAAUUGAGAGAGGUGUGUCAAGACCUAAUCAUGGCUUUAGAUUACAAUAUUAACCCAUGCCUUAAUUUGGUUUACAGGAGAGAACGUACACGGACUGUUGGUAUUGCUGAGGUGUUUUGAGAGGAAGCAAAUGUGAUUAUUGUGUGGUGUCCAUGAUUAGACUUGGGUUCAAAUGCAAUUGGAAUCAUAACAAAAACAAAUCCUGGCCUUGAUUGAGCUUGCCUGGCGCAAAGGAACCAAUCGAAUAGUCGCAACACUGCAAACUCCACCCAGACUCUGGCAGUCUAGACAGACUGAAGCAAAUGCUAAGGGGCAGGUUUCCCAAACAAAGAUGAAUCCUAGUCUGAGACUAAAAAAAACAUUUUUAAUGGAGAGAUUCUCCAUUGAAAGUGCUUCUUAGUCCAUGUCAAGGCUUAAUCUGUGUCAGGGAAACUGGUCAUAAAAGUAAAUAUUUGAAGCCAGGUCUGAUCAUGAUUUUGCCAUUGUGAUCUCUCAGAGGCCUUGAAGCCUGAGUGCUUUAUUGAUAUGAAUUAUUAACUGUGGGAGAGGUUUGAUAUUUUGUCUUCAACUUGUCUAGGUUUUUCACUGGAAAACUUGAAUGUUGUCUUCUAGAUCUUUAACAGCACAAGCUAAUUUGAAAUAAAGAAUUAUCAAAGUA